GUGCGGUCUUAUUCUGAUUGCAGACGCGCAGUUAUAAGCUUCAAUGAAUUUGAUACCUGCAGCUUCGGCAACGUGGUCGCGGCGAUGUGCGUAAUGCACGAUAAAAGACAAGGACAGCCCUUGCUUUGCGCCGUACCGACCCACCAUGGACAUCAUCCAGGGGAUCAACAGGAGCCACGGCCUAGCCGCGGACCAAACCCAAGGCUCUAAUGUUGACGCUGUCGUCGUAGCGUUGAGAGGCAAGCUGGAGCGAGCCUGUGAGAGGCUCUCGAAGGACCUCUACAACAGCCAGAGCCACUUCAUCCUAGAAUUCGUUCAGAAUGCCGACGACAACCACUACGAUUCCAACGUGGUCCCGACGCUAAACCUACGUAUGAGGGACCGUGAAAUGGUCAUUGAGUGUAACGAGAAGGGGUUCGACGAGGAUAACGUGAAGGCGAUAUGUGACAUUGGUGCGAGUACCAAGGCGAAAGCCAAGAAAGUCGAGGGGUACAUUGGCGAAAAGGGUAUUGGAUUCAAGGCAGUCUUCGUUGUCGCUCAACAAGUUCAUGUCGCGUCGCGCCAUUUCAUGUUCCGAUUCGAACGCGAUGGCACGCUGGGUAUGAUCAACCCUAUCUGGGAUACGUCGUACCCUAUCAAUCAUGGCUGGACGACGUUCCACCUGCAGCUUGCGCCGGUGGUGGACCGGAGUGAUCUGGAGGAGCAGAUUGGCGGCAUCCAGCCGUCCUUAUUGCUUUUUCUCCGGAAGCUGCGUUCGAUCGACAUCGACAUAGCCAAGGGGAAAAAGAAGCGAUCGAGUCUGGUCUCAGUCCGACGGAUUGACGAAUCAGACGACAUCAUCAGACUCGAACGUCACGAAAACUCCAGAUGUGUUUUGAAACGCAGGUACAUUGUGGUGAAGAAGAUGGUCAACACAUACGUGCAUGAAGAGAAGAGGAAGGGCAUCGAGCAGAGCGAGAUCAUCCUCGCCUUCCCUAUCAAUGAUGACGGACAGCCGGAAACCACCGAACAAUACGUGCACGCUUUCCUGCCCGUGGCAACGUAUGGGCUGAAUUUCGUGGUCCAAGGAGAUUUCUUGACGUCCUCCAGCAGAGAAGACAUCAUUGCGGACUCGCAAUGGAAUCGUGUUCUGCUGGAAGGGGUCACGGCUACGUUCCUAGUUGCCGUGGCGCGCUUUCGACAGCACCACGAUCUCCGAGAUAGCUGGAUGCGAUACAUUCCCUUGAACGCCCGAGGCCCUUUCAAGGCUGUCCAGGAUUCCAUCUUCCAAUCACUCAGAACGCAGCGUGUCCUACGUGACGUCCUUGACAAUGAUCAACUACCAACGAACCUCAUCACCAUCCCUACCGACUUCCAACUUUCCCGCGGAGAUCCCCUGAUCGAUGCAUCGGACUUGCCACCCUCCAAAUAUUAUAUAUCAAGUUCAUACGACGUCGAUCGUGACUGGGUUUAUCUGUCCAAGCUCGGUGUAACAGCGAUGUCAACCCAGCAGUUCUUGGAGGGCUUGCGGACCAUGGAUAGACGAAAUGGAUUCGCGCGUUGUUCCGAGGAGUGGCACGAAAUCGUCUGUCGGUACCUACGGGUUAACGUCUCGAGACGGCGAGGGCGCUUCGAUCGGGACAUACUCAACCUUCGCAUCCUUCCUUUGGCAGACGGCACUUGGGGUCAUGCAGCAUCCGCAUCUGAGUACUGCUUCCCUGCCGACCUCGAUCUCUCACACCUUGUCGGUCUGACAUUCAUCAGUUCGGAGGUCAGGUCAUAUACGUCGAGAUAUGCGUUCUUUGAGGCGCUAGGAGUCCGUCCAGCAAAUGCGACCGUCGUGGCCAACCAUAUCCUCCAGUCCCACAGAGCUUACACUCUAUCGGAUAUGGUCCGCAUCGCACACUUCUUCUUCAACCACCGAGACGAUCGUGGGUUCCCCAGUCCGAAGUCUCGUCUUUUCGUCAUGGACGAAGGCGAGGACGAGGCUCUGGGCCACGAGCUAUACCUGGAUGUCACGUUGGCGGACGGCCAAAGCCUACGUUCACUCCUACCCCACACCCGGUUCCUCCAUUCAGCAUAUAUCCCGCCGUCAGCAUAUCAGACAUCACUGGCGAGCUGGCGUUCAUGGCUACAAGACCACCUUGGGAUCCACACUCGUCCGCGAAUCGUCAACGGGAGAAUGUCUCAGGAGUUCCGGGAGAUGACACAGUCACUUUCUCAUGCUCCCGGAAGGCUCCUUGGUGUACUGCGGCAAUGUUGGCCAAUCGUGUCCGAAGAACUCUCCCAGGACGGUCUGGGCCAACUGUCGCAGGUUGCUGUGGUCUGUACGGAUGGCACACAGCACAAGCUAGCCGAGACGGCGCUCCAGAGGCGCUCUCUCAAGUUGAUGCAGAUCCCGUCUCAGAGCAUUCAUUUCAUUGACGUGUCGAAUCCGGAUGACAAGCAAUGGGACUUCCUAGGGGAGCUCGGCGUCAUGUUGGAACCUAAUGCCCACGCUUGGUUGGAAGUCCUGAAAAGACUGCAGACGACGGAACCUGCGCCGGUGACUCUGACUCGUGUAGUCAAGGAAGCAUACAAGCAGCUCGAUGCCAGGUUCAACGAAGCUCCUGAUGACAUACGCCGAGCUUUCCGCGAACACCCGCUGCUCCUGCGCACACCACGCGACGACACUUUCACAAAACUACAGUGGGUAGGCAUGAAUGCUGCCUAUUGGCAGGGGCCGUCGUACCUCGAGGACAUUCUGAUCGGACCCUCGCAUCCGGGGAUGACAGAUUUCUUCGUCGAGAAGCUACGGCUACCCAGCCUUGCUCCUCCGAGUGCCGUGAUUGACCGACUCUUACGCAUCGCGGAGACCCAUGCUGACAAAAACUUGCCCAAAAGUGAGCGAUCCGUCGUGGAGGAAAUUCUUUUGACUCUGGCGUGGUGGUGUGCUCAGUCGCCACGCAAUGUGGCCGCCAUUUCCGAGCUGAAGAGACUUCGCGACAAGGCCAUCUUCCCAGUUUGGUUGACGACAGCAGAGACCGUCACACUUCGAAGUGUGGAUGGCUUCUACGUCCAUCGGUCCUGUCGUGUAGCGGAAGAGAAAUUGAGGGGCCGCGUGCCUCUGCUGGCCACCACACCACGCCUUCGCAUCCCUAACAUUAAGCCACUGCUGGAUAGCGAGAUAUGGCCAACUCCGAUCAAGUAUUUGGAGCCUCCUGUCCUGGAGGUGAACCACGAGGUCCGGGGUCAGGCUGACGCAGUGCCGUCGCUCGGAGGGCUAUACACCGAUCCUUACAGGUUGCAGGUUCUUCUCAGCAUUCUGGGACAUACGUUGAGCGAUCGAGCUCAGCGGGAGUCUAACGAACUGCGAUUCUUAACCAAGAUGUCUUCCUUGAGUGUCUACAUGGUCGACGCGAUCGUGGAAACCAUCUCUCUACUCGCCGAGAACUUCUCGGAGGAGACUGAACUUCCGUCGCACCUGGAAGAGACAACCGACGCUGUCGUGGUUUUAGUUGCACGGACUCUGUCAAGCAAAUAUACGGAAACAGAGGUUGCGCUACAGCUCAGUCGACGCCUACGCAUGGACCCUUUGGCAUUGAUGAACUACACGAAGGCAUCCCCUGAACUCCUGGACCACAUCCUCGCCAGCAAGGGGAUAGACCAUCUGCCUGCGGACUACUCCGAAGCUUCCGAAGAGGACAACAAGUUUGCCUGGGAUCAGGACCAAGAUCUGCAACAGAUGCCCAACAGCCCUCAAGCUGCCAACGUCCGCACUACUCGCAGCAAUCGUCGGGCAUCUAGGCUGCGCGGAGCCACGUCGGGAUCGACUGUUGCCACGACGGCAUCGCUGUCCGAGCAACGCUUGCUGGAUGAACCCCAAUCGCUAGGCGACCAAGUGAACGACGCGAUCUAUAGCCUUGAGGAGCACCUUGGGUCCGUGCCACUCGAUGCAGAUGCAGUGUACACAGCCGAUUCACUGGAGGACACUCCGUCAGAGGUCGACCUCUCCUCUCUGAUGACAUCGCUGUCGAGGCCUAAAACAAGUGUGUCCUCGACGCGGGGAAGUAUGCAGAAACGCGCAGACACUCCACAAUCAGCGAUGACGACUUCGGAGGAAAGUGAUUGGGCUUCAGAGAGUCUAUCGGAGACGACGGCGGAGGUCAACAGCACAGUCGGUGGCACCAUGGCGGGAACGACGUCAACCAUCGCUAGCUUCGUUGCUUCUCUUGCUUCAACAGCCGCGGCGGAAGCCGCGGUGAGUGACUACCAGAUCGUCAAUGGAAUACUGGGCGAGCGUUACGCUUACGCGAUAUUCAGCAAGCUUCUAGGUUCAAGCUUCGGGCCAGACAACUGGACGAGCGAGCUUCGUGGGCAGGUACCCGGCUUCACACACUACGAGGGCGGCUCCCUUGCAGACUUCCGCUGUCCGGACGAUGAUGGUAUCUUGACUGGGCUGUGGUAUGGAGGAGAAGUGAAGCGGCGCUGGCAGUUCGAAUGGCCGACGUUCCAUAUCGAGGUGAAGUCAACGUCUGGGUCCGGUGAACAGCCGUUCCAUAUGAAGCGCGCGCAGCUCCGCACGGCCUUACAAUUGACAGGGCAGUCCGAGAGUCUAGAGUCGCCCCCGAGGCAUGUCUACGUCCUCAUGCGCGUAUUCAACAUACGCACCCGUCCUGGAUACAAAAUCUUCUUGGAUCCGCACCGUUGCGUCUACAAGGGAGGACUGGUAAUCGAGAGCGAUGUAGAGAUCUCUGUAAGCACGAAUGUGCUGCGUACCGCGUAGGAAGCGCGAGGGUGUCGUCGUGAGGUUGGAGCAUUCGAACGGGCAAUUGUAGGUUGACGUGGGUAAGACGAUAGCGCUAAGUAUGUUGGGCAUGAUGACUAGUAGAUUCAACUUAGUGUACUCCGGUGUACGCAGCGGCUGCUGAGUGAGUGAUAUGAUGACCUGCCCUGAUCUUGUACUUGUACACAUGUAGCAGAAGAUGUCCAUGAGCAUUGGAAUCAAUUUGGGAAUCUGAC